AUGUACCCACCCCCUUCCUCAUAUAGUCUGACGGCUGCAAAGAUGCACUUAAAAGUUUUCGUAGGUGUCUUGGUGUCCUUUAUCCUCAGCAGCCUUUUCGUCGCCGCGCGCCUUGUGAGCCGAUUUGGCAUUGUCAGGCGCCAUGGCUGGGACGACUACACUAUUAUAGUAGCGUGGUUCCUCGCCUUUGGCAUGUCCUUUGCCGUCGCCUUUUGCACUUUCAAAGGCCUAGGGCUUCCUGAGGAGAACAUAUCCCCAGCCUGGGUCGACCCACUGCUCAAGGCGAGGUAUGCUGCGAUCGUGCUUUACAACCCGGCACUGAAUGUCACCAAGGCCUCGAUCCUUUUUCUUUACAUUGACAUUGCACAACGCGCACAGAGGUUCUUAUACUUUGGCUCCUGUGUGACCUUCGCUGUCGUCCUCGCCGGUGGUGUUGCCUUCACAUUCCUCACUGCCUUGCAAUGCCGCCCCAUAAAGGCCGCCUACAAUCUCACCAUUAAGAAUCCUACCUGCGUGCCAAUUGAGACUAUCGACCUGGCCAUCGUCCCUGUCAAUGUCGCCACGGGCCUUGCCAUCCUAGUCCUACCGAUCCCCGUGCUAACGAAGUUGCACCUACCGCUUGGUCAAAAGACCAUACUGUUGCUGCUCUUCAUACUGGGUGUCAUCCUUAUCAUCGUUGCCGAUGUCGUGCGUACCUAUAACUUGCAACUGGCGGCCAUCAAUCUCCGGCAAUCAACCACCAGGCCUCCCGUCAAUCUUAAGUUUCUCGAAAGUGCGAGUUCGACAGCCCUGUGGUCGACGGUUGAGGUAAAUGUGGCCAUUGUCGGUGCAUGCAUCCCCACCCUACUGCCGUUGAUCAAGCGGUUGAUCCCGAAGUUGCUUCGUUCUCCAAGGAGCAGCAACCGCCAGAUGCUUCCUUCUCCUUCAUCGCUUCCCGAUAGAGCUGAAGCUGGUUCAUCUUCUCCUAAUGAGCCUCAUCGCCAUCAGUCGAGUUCCAUAUCACUGCAAGCUGACUAUCAGGAGCAGCUACAGCCGCAGAUAUGUACGACGUCUGAGGAAGCACAGUCGCCCUACCAACGCAGUGAUGUAUCUACAUUCUCUAGAACUGUCGGAUUUGAGCGGUCCAGGUGCAUGCUUGACAUGCGCGGCUCAGAAUCCGUCAAGUACUGUGUGUUAGUUGCUUUUCUCCUCUUCCUGGAGGGAUUCAUCAUUGUCUUGCUAUCUUCCGUCAACAGUAACAUGCCUGUCGUGGAAAAUGAAACUCAAGCCAUAGGCGUCACCUCAGCCACUUAUGCCGGCGGCGCCUUUAUCGUGCCCUUUAUUGGGUAUUGGCUUCUACGUCACGCUGGAUUUAAGGCCACGUUUGUGGUAGCAUUGGCUAUAAUCUGCACGGGGAACCUGAUAUUUUGGCCAUCUGGGGCUUUGGGUUCCUAUCCUGGGUUUAUUGUCGCCAACGUUGUCGUCGGGACAGCUGCGACUUUACUAGAUAUGUCGACGAUCGCCUUCCUUACACUUUGUGGACCAACGCAGUAUGCUGAAAUCCGCGUACUCAUGGGGUUAGGCGUUGGUUAUAGUGGUUCGGCUAUAAGUUUUCUGCUUUCAGAGAAGAUCUUCUUUGCACAUGUGGCUAACUACGAUGGAGUGAUUGCCAUCCAGUGGACUUACCUAGCAGUUGCUCUUUCUAUGGUCCUGUUAGGACUCUUUUACUACUACUUGCCGCUUCCUGAAGCGACGGUCAUGGAUCUACAGAGCCGAGAUAACAGGCUAUGGAUAGACCCUUCACAGAGAUUCUUUGGCAAGCUUCCCGUCUAUAUCACAACGCUGGCUCUAGGUGUCCUUGCCGAGUUCUGUUCAACCUCUACACUAUCGAGUAUCCGAACAUUCCUUGAUCCUCUCCUUAAAAGUGUUUCUGGAAGCACUCAGACAUCUCCACACCUCUCAGAAGUAAAUUUGAACCUCGCUAUAUCUGGAAUAUAUGCUGGGAGUCAUUUUAUCCUUUCCUGCUUGUGUCUUUUCAUCCAACCACGCAUUCUCCUGCUUUUGCUUUUUGCCUGUGGUAUCACAUUCUCUGCGCUGAUCAUUUGGCUGGAUUUCUCCGACGCCCGAACAGUCGAAUAUUUAGUGCUUCUCUUUUCCAUUCCAUUGGGCCCAAUUCCAAGCUUAACCUAUGCCAUAGGAUUGCGUGGUAUGGGCAGCUGGACGGUGUUUGGGGCUAGUGUACUCGAGGGUGGUGGCAACCUUGGACCUACCAUCUACCCCUGGAUCAUGUGGGCAAUAGUACGGGCACCCAGCCAUUCCGUCCAAUUUUCUUUCUGUGUAAUCUUUGCUGCCUUGCUUGUUGGGAUCAUUUUCCCGCUUUACCUCAACCUGGUACGCACUGCGCUACCGCAUGCUAGAUCCCCUGUCUGUUCUACGGGGUUAUUAUCCGGUGGCCACUCUGCUCACCCAUAG